CGCAGGCGCAGUGCGACUCCGGAGGCGCGGGUCGCCCCCUCCGCGGAUUUAGAUCCGGGUCAGUCAGGCGCCGCGAUCGGGGAGAGACGAUCUGAAGUGACCGGACUGGCUCACCGGAGCGCCCCUGGCGCCAGGAGUAUUAACGGGAACAUCGAUAGUAGUGUAAAACUUUCACAAUGAAAUCUGAAGCCAAGGAUGGAGAGGAGGAGAGUCUACAAACUGCUUUCAAGAAAUUAAGAGUGGAUGCAUCAGGGUCCGUAGCAUCUCUGUCUGUUGGAGAAGGCACAAGUGUCAGAGCAUCAGUCAGAACAGCAGUGGAUGAUACCAAACCUAAAACCACAUGUGCAUCUAAAGACAGUUGGCAUGGGUCUACAAGGAAGUCUUCACGAGGAGCAGUGAGGACCCAGCGUCGUCGGCGUUCUAAGUCUCCUGUCCUUCAUCCUCCAAAGUUUAUACAUUGCAGCACAAUAGCUGCUUCCUCGAGCAGCCAGCUCAAGCACAGAAGCCAGGCGGACUCCCCUGAUGGCGGCAGUGGGCUGGGAAUUGCAACCCCGAAAGAGUUCAGUGCAGGAGAAUGCUCAGCUUCUCUCGAUACUCAUCACACAGGGGCAGUUAUUGAGCCUUUGAGAACUUCGGUUCCAAGGCUCCCAUCAGAGAGUAAGGAGGAAGACUCCUCUGAUGCUCCCCAGGGCUCCCAAGCAAGUCUCAAGGCCAAUGAUCUCUCUGACUUCCAAUCCGUUUCCAGGCUAAACCAGGGCAACCCAUGUGCAUGCGUAGGCAAGGAGUGCCAGUGUAAGCGGUGGCAUGAUAUGGAGGUAUAUUCCUUCUCAGGCCUGCAGAACGUCCCUCCCUUAGCCCCAGAGCGAAGAUCCACGCUGGAGGACUACUCUCAGUCGCUUCACACGAGAACUCUGUCUGGCUCCCCCCGCUCCUGUUCUGAGCAAGCUCGAGUCUUCGUGGAUGACGUGACCAUUGAGGACCUGUCAGGCUACAUGGAAUAUUACUUGUAUAUUCCCAAGAAAAUGUCCCACAUGGCAGAAAUGAUGUACACCUGAGAGCAAGAAGCUCAUUACUGUGCUUUAACCAGUGAAGGCUUGUCGGAGAGCUUAGUUAACGGCAGACGUUGCGGCCGCCUUGGUUGAGGAGACAUCUCCUUCUGCUCACUGUGCUUGCAGUAAAAACUUCUUGGCAUCUCAGUUAAUCUUCAUUCUUGAAAUUUAACUCUCUGAGUUCUUACGUACCCACCAAGGCAAGCCGAUCAAAAGAACAGUCCCUCUCAUUUAGAACUGUUCCUGGGGGAUGAAGAAAUGACUGCUUGACCGGUAGCAGUGGGCCUGUGGUGAAAGCCUUUGAAAAACAAUUUUUCAGCAUUUUUCAGAUCUGUUUCAGAUUUGGGUGCCAAGGAGAAUGAAAUGUGGUUUUGUACCUGGACUGAACAUUUGUCAUGCUGUAGUUGCCAGCCCAGAGUAUUAGAAGUUUUAUGACUGGUUUAAACCAGCUCUGAUUUAACGCAAGAUUUAUUGUGUCUUUAAAGGUUUCCUGUGUUAUUGUUAAGCCAGAGAUCUAAGGUUUAGAUUCAAUACGAAUAAACUAGCUGGCCUGCCCUAUAUUGUUUGAGAGAAUCAUUAACCAUCACUAAAUAAACCCCUGCUGGUGCUCUUCACCCUGA